UCUAUAGUGGUAAAUUGAGCGCAGCCACUAUCUCCACUGACCUGGAUUGAACAGGGUCUGAUUCGCUCUCAGCUGUGGAAAAGACGCCACCGCAGAUGGAGUCGGGACCGGGAGGCCGUGACUGCCCGUCACCGCUGCUCCUGCAGCCGCGGAGUUGUAGGAAGAGUACUGAUCUGCUGGAAAGACCCCUGUGAUCUGAUCAUCCUCUGCUGCUACAGUAGUGUUUGAGACAUCAACAUAGUUAAAAAUCGCUGCUGAAAUCAUCAUACUCUACAUGGACCCGCAGGGCGCAGCGAAGGGGGGAGCGGGGGCCUCCGGAAGAGACCAGAGCUUCACAACUCAAGUCUAACUCCACUAAGGCUCAUGGAUUUGAAGAGAGUGUUGUCAUUCCCACCAUACCCUGGGGAUUACCUGCAUCCAGUGGUGUAUGCCUGCACUGCAGUCAUGCUGCUCUGUCUGCUUGUCUCCAUCAUGACCUAUAUUGUUCACCACAGUGUGAUCCGCAUCAGCAGGAAUGGCUGGCACACACUCCUCAACUUCCUCUUCCACACAGGACUAACAUUUGGAGUUUUUGCCGGGGGCAUCAAUCAGAUCAACCUACCUUUUGUGUGUCAGAUUGUCGGCAUUGUGCUCCACUAUGCUUCUUUGUCUACCAUGAUGUGGCUGACGUUUGCUGCUAGGAACAUCUGUAAAGAUGUGUCCAAAGACCCACUUCGGGCCCAGGACAGGAAUGGGCUGGCCCAGACUCGCACCAAACCAACCAUCCUCAGAUUUUAUCUUGUUAGUGAUGGAAUCCCUCUCAUAAUUGUUGGAGUCACAGCAGCAUUUGGUAUGGAUAACUAUGGCAGCAGGGAUGAUGCUUUGUAUUGCUGGAUGGCAUGGGAACCAAGUCUGGGAGGUUUCUAUGCUCCCAUGACUCUUCUGGUCUUAGUCAUGUCUGUGUACCUCUUGUGCACCUACAUCCAGCUCAAAUGCCACCCAGAGAGGAAGUAUGAGCUGCAAAUUCUCAGUGAGGAGCAGCAGCAGUUGUCAUCCAGCGAUUCAAACCAUCACUGCCACACAGACACUGGUGGAACUUCUGGACCUGCUGGGGACUGCCCACCAUUUGCUACUGGUGUAUCAGUGCUGGCCAAUGAGCACUCAUUUAAAUCUCAGCUUCGGGCCACAGCCUUCACCCUCUUUCUGUUCCUGGCUACCUGGGCUUUCGGGGGAUUGGCAGUAUCACUGGGGCAUUUCCUGGAUAUGAUAUUCAGCUGCCUCUAUGGGGCUUUUUGUGUCACUCUGGGACUCUUUCUUCUCAUCCAACACUGUGCCAAACGUGAUGAUGUGUGGCAUAGCUGGUGGGCUUGUUGCCCCACUAAGUCCAAGACAGAGGAUGGCAAUGGAGGUGGAAAGAGCCAAAGGCAGGGGCUCCAUCAGCCUCACUGCCACCUAAACUCCCCAUGCUCAGGCAAGCAGCCGCUGCUCUCUCCUCACCUUGUGCAGACUUCUUACCAUAAAAUGACGGCACCUCCCCAAAGCCCCACACCCAACCACACAGGUCCAUGCUGUGUGGCUGUGAUGAGUCCUGUCACUACAACCCCCAUCUCACCUCUCAGUGAGCCAAUGCCCUCACCACAUCCACAGUCACUUCCUGACGAACUUCCUUAUCCUGUUCUGCCCCUGCAGAGCUGCCUUACUGACAGAACAAAGUCACGCUCCUUCAACCGCCCACGCCCAUGCCUCCAGGACUACCGUUCUCACAUGGCUUCCACCAGUAUGGAUGGCAGUGUGCACAGCUCACACCUAGACAGCCCUCAUGCUGCACACCAUCUUGAAGGCUCACCACUGGUUUCCAACAGCCCACACCCAGACCUCCAGCUUCCCUGCCUCAGUCCUCACUUGGAUAAACAGCUGGUUUCCUGCCAGAGCUUACAACGCCAGACCUCCUGCCACAGUGUACAAGACAUAAUGACUUCCUGCCACAGCCAUGCACACAACAUGCAUGACAGCAUCAGUUCCUGUCACAGCCUCCUCCUGCCUUCUCAUGGGAUCCACGCCUGCCAGUGGCACAUGUACAGCUCAGCUGAUCAUUCUUCCACCACAAGCUGCUGUGAGAAACCCGAUCCCUUCGCCUUGCAGUAUCAGCAAGAUGCUUACAGCUGCAUGUCAAAGACAACAGACAAAGAAAAGGAUAAUCACUGCGAAGAGGUGGAGCAGAAAGGUUUCCCCAGAAAUACUCUGCCUCGGCAGCACGCCACUGUCAGCCUACGAGGCGCCAUCAGCCGAAACAGGAGCCUGCAGGAGGAUGGCCUGUUUGGUUCAGAUGCCACAAGAAACAUACGAACUGGCCCUUGGAGAAAUGAAACCACUGUAUAAUUUUCUUAUGCUUGUACGUGUGAGACCUUACAGCCACUCCAUAAGUGUUUGGGCCUCACUGCCUUCAACUUUGCCCUUAAAUUACAGGUUGAACUUUCAGUGGGGCCUUUAUUUAACAUUUCAGAACCCUUUAUAACAAAGUUAUAUUUGUGUGUUACAAAUUGUGUGUUUUUAUGAGGAAUCUUCAAGAACAGUUAAAUUAAUGUUGAAUUAAUUUUCUGCUCCAUGCAGUUUAAAGUUGCAGUCAGUAUUGUCUGGCUCGCGAGGGCCACAGUGAUUCAGUAGGGAUCAGCUCAUCUGAGUUAGGAACUACAUGGACCUGUUAAGACCUCUACUCCUUCCUCUACCCUUGACCAAGGAACUGGAGUUUUAAACAUUUCUAUUGGGAUGGAACAUAGAAAUUUCCUCACUUGGCUUUUUGGGUAGAGAUCUUCACCUGUUUGGACCCAAUCUGAAACUGCCCUGUGGGGAAUAAGAUGUGAAUAGGCCUAAAGAUAAUUACACCUGAUCCAAUCCAGUAUUAUGCAAAGACGACGUAUCACUGAUUGCACCUUUAAGUUGGAUUGAUCUCUUUUAAAAAGAUCUAUAUUUGUUCAUGUUAUGUUUCAAACAGCAUUGUUAGACACAAUAUAAUUUUAAAUAUGAGUUACAUGUAUGAUUUUAAUUAGUGUGAGCAUGUGUGUUUUUUAUGUGUGCAACAGUGCAUGGGUAGGUACAUAGAGAUGUGGUGUGUUGGUGCUAUAUGUAUUUGUUAUUAUGGAUCCACACUUGCAGAAUUUUACAUUUAUGAAUAUCUUGAUAAAAUAUUUAUGAAGUCUGAAGAUUUUCUAUGGAGACACUUUAUGUAUGCUGCCAAAUAGAGUCAAAUAGACUCUUGUCUGACAAAUAUUGCACUAUAUGUACCAUAGUAACCCUCACUUUGUGAGAUGAUAAUUCAAAAGAAAAGUGCAAUGUGCUACAAAGCACAAACUUUGUCCAGUGCCAGUCUAUGUGCCAGUUUUCACUGUGAUGAGAAACUACACACAACUCAUUCUCAACAUUGUUUGUAGUAUCAUACAAACUUGAACUCAGGUUUUUAAAAGAUUUUCAGCAACUCUUUGAAGUUGUUCCAGAAACUUCCAUAUGUGUUCUCCAGAUUUACGAGUUAAGCCAGGCCUAUGUCAAUAAAUCAGGCUAAAUUUCAGUUUCAUAAAGUAGUUAAAUAAGUCUAUAAGUCUCUAGAUAAAGUUACCAUGACAAUGUAUCCUUUGUCAGGUUAGCUUUCAGAUUUACUUUCACCUCAGGCCUAAUCAAUGUAACCCAGACAUGAGAGUGUCCUCUCCUGUGAGCAGAACGCUGAACAGUGCCCUUCAAAGUUAUCCCAACUUGACAUGGUCCUACAGUAAUUCCUAUGUUCAGUGUAUCAGCUCCGGCUUCUCUUUAGGUCCCAGUCUUCUGUAUUGUGAAUUGAUUCGACCUACCCCUCAUGUCUCAAGUCUUGUUUUAUAGAAAUAGUUUGAUAUAGUGGGAAAUGAGAAAAUUGAUGUGACUCUCAUGUUUGUGCAGAUCUAGCUUCAGUAGGUGAUUAACCUACCUUAGUAUAAUGACCGGAAAUGGGAAAACAGCAAGCCUGGCUCAAAAAGUAGUCGCAUCAUGUAACACCCCCUAAACCCACAAACUGUAAUUUUUACAUUUUUGUCACAAAUUAAAGGCUGAUUGUUUCCCCAGAUCUGUACGUAAUACAAAGGCAUGAUUAAUCUUCUUAUAUUCUCAAAAAGACAGUGACUAAGAACAUUUCCCAAAAUGUUGAACUAUUACUUUUAAGUCACGAACAAGCAGUUCUUAAACCAAACUGAAUUAGGCCGAUCACAUUAGUGCUCAUUUAGCUUUAUACAACAGCUUCAACCUGUAAAACAUAACCCAAUCCUUGAUCACAGAAAGAGUAGUCCCACAAAAUAAAGUUACAUGAGCACAUACUGAGACAUUUUUAGCAAAGAUCAUAAAUUAUAUUUUGUAGUGAGAAUAAAUUUGAGCAAACAAAAAUCCAUUCUGUGGUCAGUAAUCCUAUUUAUAGCUAACCUGGUGUAGGAGGUAUCAUUGACAAGGCCGAGUCCUUUCCACAACAGUCUGGGUCCUUUGCUGCAUGUCAUCCCCACUCUCUCCACAUAUAUAUAUAUAUAUAUAUAUAUAUAUUUUACACACACAUAAUAAAUAUAUGUACAUAAAAAUACAUACAUACAUAAUUUUUCUUGAAAAAAAGGGAUGAAACACAAAUGUAAUGCCAUGGAAAUACAGUUAUGGAAGAAGUGAGGGAAAUGGCUUGAUUUAUUCAAUGGUUUAUUAUUUUAUCAGUCUUAAUCAUGGUUUAGAUUGUUAGACUUACUUAAUUCAAAUUCUUCACAUUAAAUUGUGCUUUUCUGAGCCUUCUUUUUGAACCUCUCAGGUUCAUGGUAUUUAGCGGCAUAUUUGGAAUUUCACUCAGUUAAAUUUAUACUUACAUUUUAUACUACUUUUAGGCCAUAAUCAGGCCUUCAUAUGGAAUCUAGUAUUACAUUUAUGGAGGGAUGAGUCAUAUCACUGUUAUAUAUUGUAGGUCAAACACAAAAAGUUCACUUAUAUGUCACCAUAUCCCAGUUUGUGACACUAGCCUUCAGGCUGCUGAUGAUGACUGUGAACAUGUGAUGUGUUGUUGUGCCCCAGUGUUGGGACAGCUUUAAGCGUCUUCCCAGGUCAGGGACAGGUAUCACCUGUUAGUGUUGAAAUGAAUGAUGCUGUCAAAAACAUGAGACCAUUUUAAUGUGGCAUUCUUGAUUUGUCACAUCUAUUAUAUAUAUAUUAUAUAUUUUCAACAGUGUAAAGAAACAAGUGGACACCUUGUAAGACAAAGCGAGUAUAUGAGCACUGUGUGUUGUCUGCACCAGAAAUAAAGAUAUACUGUGAGACACUG